AUGUUCGAUGAUCCAUUUGUCCAUCUAAAGGAGACUAUUAGUGACACAGGCUUGAGAACAGAGGUCCUUUGUGCCCUUCUAGACGAGAUAUUACCCACGGUUGGUGCUAUGAAGUUUCUCUCCAGACUUCCUCGCUUCCAGUCUGCCGGUCUUCCUACGUUCCCUUGCAAAUUCAACAGUCAAACCACUCGUGCAUUUACAUCUUUGGCUAACUUAGAUUCGGAGCCUCGUGACAAAGAUGUGCCAGAAUAUUUUAAUUUUGCAAGCGACGUCCUUGAUAAAUGGAGCCAAAGAGAAAAGGAAGGGAAGAGGCCUUCCAAUCCAGCGCUCUGGUGGGCUAGAGAGAAUGAUGAAGAAGUGAAGUGGAGCUUUGAGGAGUUGAGCUACUUAUCUAGGAAAACUGCCAAUGUGCUCUCAGAGGCCUGUAACCUGUGCAAGGGAGAUCAACUCCUCAUGAUACUUCCAAGGGUUCCUGAGUGGUGGCUGCUCAGUUUGGCUUGCAUCCGAACAGGCAUUGUCUUCAUUCCAGCUACAAUCCUCUUGACGGCUCCAGACAUAUUAUACAGGCUCCAGCAAUCCAAAGUCAGCUGUAUUGUUGCCAAUGAGGCUACCGCACCGUUAGUAGAUGCCGUGGGCUCCGAAUGCAGCUGGCUGAAAACUCGGAUCCUGGUUUCCAAGAGCAGCAAAAGGGAAGGUUGGCUGAGCUUCCAUGAUUUGCUCCAAGCCGCCUCUGACCGGCAUCAACCGGUUCAGACGAAGAGUGUCGAUCCGAUGACCAUCUACUUCACCAGUGGGACCAUGGGCUACCCCAAAAUGGUGCAGCAUUCCCAGAGCAGUUUGGGGUUUGGGCUGGCCAGUAUUGGAAGAGAAUGGAUGGGUCUGACUUCUUCGGACAUUGUGUGGGGUCUUUCUGAUCCUGGCUGGGUAAAAUUUGCCAUAGGAUCUUUCUACUCUACUUGGAGCCAUGGAUCGUGUAUAUUUCAACAUGGUUUGCUCCAGUUUGAUCCCAAAGUAGUUUUGGAGUCUCUUGCCAAGUAUCCGGUGACAACCUUCUGUGGCACACCAACCAUAUUUCGGAUGCUGCUCCAACACGAUGUUAGAAGGUAUAAGUUCAAGAGUCUGCAGACCUGCUUGGGUGGUGGAGAACCAAGUAAUCUAGAAGUGCUCAAAGAGUGGAAAGCAGAAACUGGGUUUGAUAUCUAUGAAGGCUACGGGCAGACAGAAACUUCCAUGCUAUGCGGCACCGGGAAAGGGAUGAAAAUUAAACCUGGAUUCAUUGGAAAACCUCUUUCUGGCGUUGAUCUCCAGAUCAUUGAUGAAAAUAACAACCGUCUUCCUCCUGGAGAAGAAGGAGACAUCGCCGUGAAGAUCAAGCCGCAAAAGCCUGUGGGUCUUUUCAGUGGUUAUGUGAAUGAUCCGGAAAAAACGGCCGCUACUGAACGUGGGGACUACUACAUCACUGGAGACCGAGGACUCAUGGAUGAAGACGGGUACCUCCAGUUCAUUGCAAGAGCGGACGAUAUCAUCCUGUCUUCUGGAUAUCGCAUUGGCCCAUUUGAAGUGGAGAACGCUUUGAUGAAGCAUCCGGCCGUAGCUGAAGCCGCUGUUGUUAGCAGCCCAGAUCCCAUCAGAGGAGAGGUGGUAAAAGCGUUUAUCAUCCUAAUGCCUGCCUACCAAUUGCAAGACAGAGAGAAAUUAAGUGUGGAGCUGCAAGGACACGUGAAGAAAAUUACAGCUCCAUAUAAGUACCCCAGAAAGAUCGAGUUUGUUCAAGACCUACCCAAGACCAUUUCUGGAAAAAUCCAAAAGAGGUUGCUGAGAAAAAAAGAAUGGGAAAAAGCCUAA